AUGGCGAACAUCGACAGACUCGAAGAAGGGGAGAUCAAAAGUGCGCAGACAUCGGAAGUCAGCAGCGAAGAUGCGAGCCCCACGAAGCAUGAGUUCAAUGAACAGACGCAUUAUGUGCCCAAGUCCACAAUCAUCACAAUAUUCUUGGCUUGUGCGAGUGUCGAUUUGCUUGCCCUGAUGGACCAGACGACUUUGGCUGCCAGUUUGACCAUUGUCAGUAACUCGCUUCACGCUGGCGACGAGCAAGCCUGGAUAGCGAGCGGAUACUUUGUAACUUCAACGUGCUGCCAGUUGCUCUACGGUCGUCUGUCGGACAUCUGGUCCAGGAAGGUAAUCCUGCUCAUCGGUCUGGCAUGGUUCUUCUUCGGAUCUCUUGCCUCGUCGCUGGCCCAGACCUCGAUGCAGCUCAUCAUCUUCCGUGCGUUGACCGGUGUUGCUGGUGGUGGCCUGAUGACGAUAGCUCAGAUGAUUGUCAGUGAUGUUGUACCGCUGAGAGAGCGGGGGAAGUAUCAGGGCAUACUAGGUUCUGUGGUUGCUCUCGCCAAUGGUAUAGGCCCAAUCAUUGGCGGCGCAUUAGCAUCCUCAUCACCAAAUGGCUGGAGGUGGAUCUUCAGGCUCAAUCUCCCGCUGACCGUUCUUACAACGUGUUGCGCAAUCUGGAUGAUGCCGCUGAAGAAAGUUGAGGGUGACUGGAAAAUGAAACUUGAAGCAGUCGACUUCUUUGGUGCCCUGCUCGCUCUCGGCGGUACAAUAGUGCUCGUCAUGGGUUUGACAUGGGGAGGCGCGCAAUAUCCAUGGAAGUCAGCGGCCGUGAUUGCUUCUUUGGCCGUAGGGUUCUGUGUAUCAGUCGCGUUCGUGCUGUGGCAAUGGAAAGGGCCGAAGCACCCGCUUGUGCCUCUGCACAUCUUCAAGAGAAAGAUCGUCAAUGGCGCGUGUCUUACCAUGGCCAUCAAUGGGUGGAAUUUCCUGGUCCAGACCUACUAUAUUCUGUCUUUUUACCAGAUGGCAUACAAUUACUCGGCGGUCAAGUCUGCUUCGUUGCUUUUGCCGAUCACAUUGGUACAGACCGCCUUCAGCACAUUAUCUGGCCUGGUAGUACAUUGGACUGGUCGCUACCGGGAAGCCAUUCUGCUGGGCUGGGCUUGCUGGGCCAUCGGGCUGGGGCUAUAUUCAACGCUUGAUGAGCAUUCUGAUCUCGGCAAGCAAGUGGGUUAUGCCAUCCUGACUGGUGUUGGAUGCGGCUGCACGCUGCAACCAGCCUUGAUCGCUGUGCAAGCUGGAGUGCAUCGGCGUGAUAUGGCUGUAGUCACAUCUUUCCGAAACUUCGCCAGGAACUUCGGCGGGACCAUCGGACUCGCAGUGGCCGGAACAGUGCUGAACAAUCUGGUCAGGUCGGCGGUUCAGUCACUCGACAUCAGUGGCGAUGAUGCCGAUGACAUCUUGAAGUCGCCACAGGCAUACCUGUCAGAUCGUACUUCGUCAGAGGCUGACGAGAUUCGUGCUGUAAUCUUGCCAGCCUACAGGAAAGGCUUUCGAAUAAUCUUCCUCAUCGGCGCGGCAUUGGCAGCGCUGGCGUUCGUGCUUGCGUGGUUCCUCAUGCCUCAGGUUGAGCUUGACAGGCCAGACGACCAGAAGCUGAAGGAAGAGGGCAUAAAGUGGCGGGAUGAAGCCAAAAAGUAG